AUGGAUAUCUAUCGCCUCUCACAAGAUGGCAGGGGCUUGCUGGGGCAGCUGAGCCUGCCUGGGGUGCUCGAGGCCAGGGUCAUUCUUACCGGAAGCAGAAAGGUGCUCAUUGACUUGAUAUCGCAACUCGAAGGCAGCGACGCAGGGGAAGAAGUGUCAGAAAAUACAGACGUUGAUGCUGACUCGGUUCCAAAGCACGUUGUCAGUGCGGAUGAGACGAAACUGGACGAACGUCUAGGAUCAUCAGAGGACCAAACCAAUAAGGAGGAACCCGAAGAAUCUGAAGAAGAGAGCGACGUCGAGGAACAGCAACGAAUCAAGAAUUUUGAGAAAAACAGCUUCCGCUCCCCUAAAUUCUGGUUCCAAUGGAACGGAGAUGUCGUAUCGUCCACAGCACCCUCCAUAGAACAAGAAAAGGCUCUACCUACCAGCCGGGAGACUGGGAGGGGCUACAUUGUAUUCUCUGGGAAUGACUGCCGCUCAUUCAAGGGGACCAUCAGCUGCGACUCCCUGGGUUGGAAGGAUGUCUCCCUGUCUGGAUGGAAAGAAGUCUCUAUGAGCGAGAGGGAUGUUGCCUUUGUCUGGAAGUAG